AGUCACAUGGUGCGGUCACAUGACUGUGAUGUCAUCUCCUCCCCCCCCAACCACUCCGAUGUGGGAUCUUCCGUGAUCUGAGGCUGUAACUUGUGAAUUGGAGGCAAACACGGAGGCGCAUUGGGGACGUCCACCCUUCCCUCAGCGGCCGCACCUCAUACACACCCCCGGGAGCUGGGCGGAGACUGUGCGGGCUGCAGACUCCAUGUAGCGGCGCGGCCUGGGACACAAGAUGGCGGAUUUGUCGCUGCUUCAGGAUGAUGUUCAGGAAGAGAUAGAUGGAUUUGGUGUGGAUGACUACAGCUCAGAGUCUGAUGUGAUUAUUAUACCUUCAGCCCUCGACUUUGUCUCACAAGAUGAAAUGUUAACCCCGCUUGGAAGGUUGGACAAGUACGCUGCAAGUGAAAAUAUAUUUAACAGACAAAUGGUGGCCCGAAGUCUGUUAGACACCUUAAAAGAAGUUAGUGAUGACGAGAAGGACUGUAUUUCCGUGUUGGAAAGAGUUUCAAAACUGUCAGAUGAUCCUGAGCCCACCGUGCGUGCGGAACUCAUGGAACAAGUGCCUCACCUUGCAAUGUUCUGUCAAGAGAACAGGCCUUCAAUUCCCCUUGCUUUCUCCAAAUACCUUCUACCCAUUGUAGUGCGAUAUCUCGCCGACCAAAAUAACCAGGUCAGAAAGACCAGCCAAGCAGCAUUGCUAGUGCUGCUUGAGCAGGAGCUCAUAGAGCGAUCGGAUGUAGAGAGUAAAGUAUGUCCAGUGCUCAUUGACCUAACUGCUCCAGACAGCAAUGAUGAUGUCAAGACCGAAGCUGUGGCGAUAAUGUGCAAAAUGGCUUUAAUGGUUGGUAAGGAUAUAACAGAAAGGUUAAUCCUUCCAAGGUUUUGUGAGAUGUGUUGUGACUGCAGGAUGUUCCAUGUCCGCAAGGUAUGUGCAGCCAAUUUUGGGGAUAUAUGCAGCGUAGUUGGACAAGAAGCGACAGAGAAGAUGCUGUUACCUCGAUUCUACCAGCUUUGUUCUGACAAUGUAUGGGGUGUGCGGAAGGCCUGUGCUGAGUGCUUCAUGGCAGUGUCCUGUGCGACUUCUCAAGAGCUCCGGCGGACCAAACUUUCUUCUCUCUUUAUUAACCUCAUCGGUGACCCAUCUAGAUGGGUACGCCAAGCUGCCUUUCAAUCCCUCGGGUCUUUUAUAUCAACUUUUUCAAACCCAUCUAUUUCUGGUCAGUGUUUCAAGGAAGAAGAAUGUAAAAACAGCAAGGAUGUAAAACAAAGUGAAGCUGGUGAGAGGUAUGUGAGUCAUUCAUCUUUUAUUGCCAUGUGCUUUGAAUUAAACCUUGACCUCAAAAUGUUCAUCUACCAGAGCACACAUAAUCCAACUGAGCGUUUCCGCAAAAACAUCAAGAAGCCAAGGGCUGCUUUUGGUCCCAAAAGUGAGCUUGGUAGUGAAAUGAUGCACACCCCUCAACUUAAUGCCAUGCCACUGCCAGAGAGAAGGCAAAAUAGGGAGAAGCUUGAAGACCUCCGAAUUCUUCAUCAGCUGAUCCAACGCCAGAAAACACUGAUAUAUACGGCAAAAGGAGAUGUGGAUCCUCUAUCAGAAGAGUCUUCAGUGGAGUGCAGCAUUGUUUCUUUUACUGUGAAGUUAGACACAAACUUUGAUGAUACAGCAGAUGAACGGUUUAGGGACAGAAAUUGCUCUAGUAACUUUAUUUCACAUUGCACUUUGGAGACUUCAGAUGACUCGGUCAAUCAUCAGCAGAGUUUUCCUGACAUGGUAUCCAAGGACCUGGAAGUAGUCUGUAAGGCAGGUGCUGCUACUGGGCAAGAGCUGUUUAAUUCCUUUCAUUAUUGGAGGACUCCCAUCCCAGAGAUUGAUAUUGAUCUGGAAUUGCAUCAGACAGAAGCGGAGGCAAGCAGCCCUGAAAGGCCAGUUGUCCAACAGGUUUCAUCCCCUGUAUCGCCUAACAUAGCCAUGGCUACUAGAAAGAGCUUGAAGAGAUGAUUGAAAACCCUGGAGCCUCAUAUAGAUGAUCCAGAUGUAAAAGCACAAGUUGAUGUUCUCGCCUGCUGCACUCAAAGCAUCAAGCCUAGAAACUCAGGAAGAUACAACUCCUCACACUUGAAUCGGGAGACCAUCUGUCGUAAUAAUCUGAUGAAACCGAGGAUAAACUGCAAGAUCUCCCAUGAGGACUCCAUUCCUUUAAUUAAUGAUUCUGUGGAGUGCAUGCAGUCAACUUUGCGCUAUAUACACAGUGAUUCUGACUUGAGCAGUAGUAGCAGUUAUAGCCCCGAAGAGGAAAAAAAAUCCAAAGUUCAGGAUGUUGUACCUCAAGCCUUAUUGGAUCAGUAUUUAUCCAUGACUGACCCAUCCCGUGCUCAGACUGUUGACACCGAGAUUGCCAAGCAUUGCGCCUAUAGCAUUCCUGGAGUGGCGCUCACACUGGGCAGACAGAACUGGCACUGCCUCAGGGACACCUAUGAGACACUAGCUGCAGACAUGCAGUGGAAAGUGCGAAGAACAUUGGCAUUUUCAAUUCAUGAACUGGCAUUGAUACUUGGCGAUUCGCUCACAGCUGCCGACUUGCUGCCCAUCUUCAAUGGAUUUCUAAAAGAUCUGGAUGAAGUCAGGAUAGGUGUCCUAAAGCACUUGUAUGACUUUUUGAAACUUCUCCAACCAGACAAAAGAAGGGAAUACCUUUAUCAGCUGCAAGAGUUCUUGGUUACGGAUAAUUGCCGCAACUGGCGAUUCAGAGCAGAGCUAGCAGAGCAGUUGAUUCUUCUACUUGAACUUUAUAGUGCCAGGGAUCUUUAUGACUACUUGCUGCCAAUUGCUUUGAAUCUCUGUGGGGACAAAGUAUCGUCGGUCCGCUGGAUCUCUUAUAAACUGGUCAGUGAAAUGGUGAAGAAGUUGUACUUGGCUCCUAAUCCAGCAUUGGCUUUGGAUGUUAUGAAUAAACUUGUAGAGCAGUUUUGCCAGAGCCCAAAAUGGUCAGGAAGACAGACAUUUGUGUUCAUUUGCCAGGCUCUCUUAGAAGAUGACUGCCUUCCUAUGGAGCAAUUUGCUAUGCAUUUAAUGCCUCAUCUUCUGCAGCUUGCAUCUGACAGAGUACCAAAUGUUAGAGUUCUCCUUGCAAAGACCUUAAAGCAAACACUGUUAGAGAAAGAAUACUUUUUGACUGCUGCCAAUUCACAUCAGGAAGCUGUGGAGCAGACAAUUGUGGCUUUACAGAUGGAUUAUGAUAAUGAUGUGAAGUAUUUUGCCAGUAUACACCCUGCUAACACCAAACUCGCUGAUGAUGCCAUGAGCACCGCAUCCUCCACCUACUAAUAAAGGCCACCUAGAACUCUAACCCAAGACAGUGUUGUCUAGGGCCUUUGAAUUGUUUUCCUGUUCUACAUUAGUAGGGAGGAGGAACCACAAACUCAGAGGAUUGCCACCAAAGCCUUAAAUCUUCUGUCUUCCUGCGAUGUCAAACUUGAACUGAAUGACGAGUAACUUCUAUCUACUAGAGGGGAAACUUGUAGCCUACAUUGCCCUAAUAUAACCCAGAGGUUCACUUCCUACAUCUUUCACUGCAGGAGCUAGUACUAAAGUGAUGGCAUAUGGAGAACUGUACAUGUGCCAUAACACAUUUUCUUAUGCUGAAGCCCAUAUUAUGGAUAGGAGGUAAAGUGGCUUUGGGUCUUAUGCAGUAGCACUGUUUUAGUAUCCACGGACUGUGUCCUACAGUGAAUUUUGUCCAGAAGACUGUUCCUUACCAUUGUAAUAAUUUCCAGUAUUAUUUGCAAAGGGGAUUUUAUAAAAAAAAAAAUAAGUAUUCUCCCAUCAUUUUCUUAACAUAUAUGAAUAGUUUCCUUUCAGGAGGGUGUGUGUGUUAUAUAAGAAAAAGGGUAACAUUCCUUUUUUUUUUCUUUAAGGGCUCCCUGCUAACACUACACUAAAAUCUGAUUUUAAUCCUUAAAUGCAGCAUAUUGCUGUACUUGGGCAAGCAACAUUGCUGUUUAGUACCUCUGUUCUAAUUAGUUUUCAUGCUGGUCAUGGCCUAAAGAAAAUGCAUUAGUUCAUGUACUUCAAGUCAAGUUUGUUUUUUAACUUGAAAAUGAUCAGAUGUGAGGUGCAUCACUAUUGGUCUUCAUGUAAAUGUACAUAUCUGCCUGUGCUCUCUGGAGUGCUGCAGUCUUUAAUCCUGCUGUUUAAAGCUCUGUUGUAAUACAAGUUUAUCUGCUUGUCUGAAUAAAAUGUAUUAAUACGUUUCAAGAAA